ACAUUAAACAUCGCGUGUAAUGUGAGGCCGCUGACCCGCCGCUGAGGAAGGAUAUGCCUUAAUGUAUUUCAUACCUGAGGCCAGCAUUAGGGGACGACUUUCUCGUCCGUACGUCAUCCAGAUGAGGCAUGCAGGAAGUAUGCAGCCCGUGUUCAGACGAGACGCCGGAGUCUGGCACCAAACCAGAAGUCUUCUCUACAAGAACCUGCUGAUCAAAUGGAGGACCAAGCAGCAGAGUCUCCAGGAACUGAUCCUCCCUCUGCUCCUGCUGGGCCUCCUCAUCCUCAUCAGCAUCCUCAACCCUCACGUUUACUACGGAGGCAUCAGCACCAUGGAGCUGGAGCGCAACGACCUCUUCUUCAAGGGCCUGGGCUACACGCCCAUCACCAACAUCACCAACCACAUCAUGGAGGAGGUGGCCCAGGAGAUGCACCUGCAGGACAGUCUGGAGAUGUUUGCCAGCGAGGAGGACCUGGAGAACGCCAGCCUGUACGAGCCGUCCAGCUACGUCGGCGUCGUCUUCAUGGACAGCUCGGCCACGUCCUACCGGCUGCGCUUCCCGUACAACCAGCUGCCCCUCCCCAGCGACUACACUGAGUCUAUCGCCAACUGUUUCACCAGCUCGGUGAACUGCAGAGCGGCUAAUUACUGGUACUCCGGCUUCAUCCGCCUGCAGUCUGUGAUCGACGCAGCCAUCAUCCAGAUGCAGACGAAGCGCUCGGUGUGGAGCGAGAUGAACCUGAAGGCUGUGAUGAUGGGUCAGCCGGGCUCCGUGGAGGUGCCGAAAUUCCCGCACGCCCUCAUCUCCAUCUACCUGGUCCUGGCCUUCACGCCAUUCGUCACCUUCCUCAUCGUCAACGUGGCGGCUGAGAAGGAGCACCGCCUCAAAGACACCAUGACCAUGAUGGGGCUGUACGACUCGGCCUUCUGGCUGUCGUGGGGCCUCCUGUACGCCGCUCUGGUGACCACCAUGUCCAUCCUCAUGUCCAUCAUCGCCACGUACACCGCCCUGUUCCCCAACAGCGACUUCUUCGUCAUCUUCUUCCUCAUCUUCCUCUAUGGAAUAUCAUCGAUCUUUUUCUCCUUCAUGCUGACUCCGCUCUUUAAGAAGCCAAAGUUUGCCAGCACAGUCGGCUCCAUGCUGACCGUCGUGUUCGGCUGCCUGUCGCUCUUCACCGUCCUCAUGAAGGACUUCCCUCAGCCGCUCGUCUGGCUCCUCUGCCUGCUCUCCCCCAGCGCCUUCUCCAUCGGCAUUGCACAGGUGGUUUACCUGGAGGCUCAGGGAGACGGUGCUGUGUUUUCCUCGCUGGCAAACGGCCCUCACCCUCUGUACGUCCCCCUGCUCAUGCUGGUGGUGGACUGCAUCCUCUACCUGCUGCUGGCCGUCUACCUGGACCAGGUGCUGCCUGGAGAGUUUGGGAUGAGGAGGUCCUUGAUUUACUUCCUGAAGCCAUCCUAUUGGUCCAAACGCAGGAAGCGCUACGUUGAAGUGAGCUCGGUGUACGACAGCGAAGUGAAAGGCGCUCCCGGAGGGGACGAGUGCGUCGAGCCGGUUUCUCCCGAGUUCAGAGGGAAAGAAGCCAUCCGCAUCAACAACAUCCAGAAAGUGUACAAAGAGAAGGACAACGUGGUGGAGGCUCUCAGAGGUUUGACCUUUGACAUCUACGAGGGUCAGAUCACGGCUCUGCUGGGUCACAGCGGCGCAGGAAAGUCCACUCUGAUGAACAUCCUGUGCGGUAUCUGCCCGCCCACCGGCGGCUCGGCCACCAUCUACGGCUCGCCGGUGGCCGAGAUCGCAGACGGCUCUGAGAUGAAGCAGCUGGUGGGAAUCUGCCCGCAGUUCAACAUCAUCUUCGACGUGCUGACGGUGGAGGAGCACCUCAGGAUCUUCGCAGCCAUCAAAGGGAUCCCGCCGUCCGACAUCGACGCCGAGGUCACCAAAGUGCUGAAGGAUCUGGACCUGGAGAAGAUCAUGACUGCUCAGGCCAAGAAUCUGAGCGGAGGUCAAAAGAGGAAGCUCUCUGUGGGCAUCGCCAUCCUGGGAGACCCAAAGAUCCUGCUGCUGGACGAGCCCACCGCAGGUAUGGACCCCUGCUCCAGGCACCAGGUGUGGUCGCUGCUGAAGAGCCGCAGAGCCGGCAGAGUCACCGUCCUCAGCACGCACUACAUGGACGAGGCCGACAUCCUGGCCGAUCGUAAAGCUGUCAUCUCUCAGGGACAGCUCAAGUGUGUCGGCUCCUCGCUGUUCCUCAAGGUCAAGUGUGGCGUCGGAUAUCACCUCAGAAUGUCCAUCGGUGAGGGAUGUGAGGCCGAAAAGAUCACAUCGUUGGUCAAACAGCACGUUCCCAAAGCGAAGCUGUCCCGACAGCACGAGGCGGAGUUAACGUUCACUCUGCCGUUUGAGAGCAUGGACACGUUUCCAGGUUUGUUCUCGGAGCUCGACUGUCACCCUGAACUGGGAGUCAUCAACUACGGGGUUUCCAUGACGACACUGGAGGAUGUUUUCCUGCGUUUGGAGGCGGAGGCUGAGGUGGACCAGGCCGACUACAGCGUGUUCAAUCGGGAGCAGGCGGAGGACGAAUGCGACAACGCCUCUCUGGACGACACCGACCAGCGGCUGCUGACCUUCUCAGACAGCAAGUCGGACGUGGUGUCGGGUCACGCUCUGUGGCGGCAGCAGUUCAGCACGGUGGCCUGGCUGCACAUGCUCAACAUGCGGCGGGAGAGGAAGGCCUUCGUUUACACUCUGGCGUUGUUCCUGGUGUUUGUGGCGGCGGUGCUCGUUCUGUCUCUGGCCACAGGAAACAUCCAGAUUCACUCCCCAGACCGCCAGUUUCUGCCCAUUUACCUCCUGAAGAGGAACCAGUCGCCGCGGAGAUACGCCACCAGCCUGCUGGUGCAGAACUCCUCAGGUUCUGAUAUUUCUGACUUCGUCCACAACCUGGAGUCUCAGGACAUCAAGGUGGACAUGAUGAAGCACAGCGACUACAUGUCCGCAGCUCCUCACAGCGCCGCCAUCAACGUCACCGGAUCCAGCAAGGGUUUCAGGUACAGCGUUGCGUUCAACAGCACCACAGUUCACUCGUUGCCCAUGGCUGUCAACGUCCUGAGCAACGCUCUCCUGAGAGGUCUGAACGGCAGCGGACAGAUCAGAACCUGGACCAAACCCUUUGACUACCAAAUCCCGGACGCUACGUCCUACGCGCUGGUGUAUAUCGAGGCCAUCAUACUGGGAAUGCUGGCUGCUGGGAUGCCGGCGUAUUUCGCGAUGGACCACACAAGAGACCGAGAGAUCAAGUGUCGCUCCACUCUGCGUAUCUCCGGUUUGGUGCCGUCAGCGUACUGGUGCGGCCAGGCGGCCGUGGACAUCCCCUUCUACUACCUCAUCCUGUCCUGCAUGACCAUCAUCCUCUUCUCCUUCCACACUGGAAACCUGCUCACCAACAGCAACCUCACCGCUGUGGUCCUGUGUAUAGUCGGCUUCGGUCCGGCCAUGAUCCUCUUCACCUACGUGUUUUCUUUUGGCUUCGCUCGCGUCCAAAGCAACAGAGAUUUCUUCUCGGUCAUCUCCAUGAUGGUGUGUGUGGUGUCGGCCUCCCUGGUGCAGCUGUCGUUUGUGAACGAUAACCCAGGACUGACCAGAAACCUGCACAACAUCCUGUGUUUCUUCAACCCUCUGUACCCGCUGAUGGGCUGCCUCAACUGCAUCACCAAGGCGACUUUCCUCCCCUCUCUGUACGAGGAGAACUUCCUGUGGAAAAACCUGCUCAUCGCCGUCGUUGCUCCGUACCUGCAGUGCAUCCUGCUGCUGUUCCUGCUGCGUUGGCUGGAGAUCCGUUACGGAGGCAGGACGAUGAAAACUGAUCAGUUCUGCAGGAUCUCGUCCAAGUCGAAACCCAAAGUGGAGAAAAACCCGGAGGAAGGGCUGAACGAGGAUGAGGAUGUUCAGAUGGAGAAGGCCAGAGUGAAGGAGGCUCUCAGCUGUCAGUCCUGUGAGGAGAAACCGGCGGUGGUGGUGAGUAACCUGAGGAAACAGUACAAAGGCCGAAGAGAAGGUUUUUCUCUCAACAAGAGGAGGAAAGUGGCCACAAAGAACGUCUCCUUCUGCGUUCGUAAAGGUGAAGUUCUCGGACUGUUGGGCCCCAACGGAGCCGGAAAGAGCACCAUCAUGCACAUGUUGUCAGGGGACACCGACCCCACCGCAGGACAGGUGCUGAUGGGAGACUACAGCACGGAGUUUCGUCCCGUGGACAGUCCUCUGGAGCACGUGGGCUACUGUCCUCAGGUGAACCCCCUGUGGCCCCGCAUCACCCUGCAGGAGCACCUGGAGAUCUACGCCGCCAUCAAGGGCCUGAAAGGACACGACGUCCCAGGGAUCAUCAAACGUGUGGUGAACGCUCUGGAGCUGAAGGACCACCUGCACAAACAAGCCAAGACACUGUCAGCAGGACUCAAGAGGAAGUUGUGCUUCGCCCUGAGUAUGAUCGGGAACCCUCAGAUCGUUUUACUGGACGAGCCGUCAUCGGGGAUGGACCCCAAAUCCAAACAGCGCAUGUGGAGGGCCAUCCGAGCUGCUUUCAAGAACCGUCAGCGUGGAGCCGUCCUCACCACACACUACAUGGAGGAGGCCGAGGCCGUGUGUGACCGCGUCGCCAUCAUGGUGUCGGGCCAGCUGAGGUGUAUCGGCUCCAUCCAGCACCUGAAAGGGAAGUACGGUCGAGGUUACGGUCUGGAGGUGAAGCUGCGAGAGGAGCUGACGGGGCUCCAGCAGGUGGCGCUGCUGCACGAGGAGAUCCUCCGAAUCUUCCCCCACGCGGCGCGGCAGGAGAGCUUCGCCACUCUGAUGGUUUACAAGAUCCCCAUGGAGGACGUCAAGUCACUGGCCAAGUCCUUCUCUCAGCUAGAGAGCGCAAAACAAACGUUCAACUUUGAGGAGUACAACUUCUCCCAGUCGACUUUGGAGCAGGUGUUCAUGGAGUUUGCGAAGGAGCAGGAGGGCGAGGAGGACGAGGUCGGCUCGCUCAGCACCACCUUCCAGUGGCAGCGUCUGCGGCAGGACGGCCCCGCCCCCGCCAACCACACAGACAGCAUCGUGCACCAGCUGUGAACCGCGGCGGCGAGCGAGCCGGCCGCCGACCGACCGGGACCGACCUGCACGAGGGCUCACGUCAGCACGCGCCACGACGCUCCACGCAAAGCCACCGCCCUGCAGUGACCGGACCGAGCUGUGUGGGCGCUGGCACACACGAGCUCUGACUGUGUGUGUGUGUGUGUGUGUGUGUGUGUGUGUGUGUCUGUGUGCGUGCGUGCGUGUGUGUGUGCGUGCGUGUGUGUGCGGCCUCUCUCUGCAGUCCGAGCUGUGUGGGCGCUGGCACACACGAGCUCUGACUGUGUGUGUGUGUGUGUGUGUGUGUGUGUGUG